AUGUUCGUGAUUGAUUUUUUUUCAUAUCACCUGUUUCAACGGAGCUCCUUCAAUGGUUCUAACAGCAAUCCGCCAUUCGCUACCAUGGUGCAAAGCGUUCGACUGGAAGAAAUUGUGGAGGGAAUAUGCGGUGCUCUUCACAUGCUUGCCAAAGACUAUGCCACUCGCUCGUAUUUGGCUUUACUAAAGGCUCCGAAUUUGGCGAUUGCGCCCAACGUGCAACCGGGUGGUCCAGGUCUGGCCAUUUUUGUUCAUCUCCUAUAUUCCGCCCAUGAAUCCAUUCAAAGGGCUGCUGCGGGUGUUCUAGCUGAAGUCUCACUAGAUCGUGACGGUUUAGAUGCUUUGGCGAACCUUCCAGGAGCGAGUGCACGUUUCAAUGAACUUGUUCAUUCACGGAAUGAAGCUAUCGCCACAUACGCGUCUGCGGUAGUCAUUCGUCUAACUGAAGAACGGAAGGUCACAUCCGGUACAACAUGUAUGUUCCCAUCCCACGUAGAGGCUCUAAACACACCGCCUCUGCCUAUGGAUAUUGGCGGAUCUAUUCAAGGCCCUCCUAUGCAACAAGCUGCUCCCAUGGGUAGUGGCUGUCCUCUUUCGACCAUCCCAUCACACCCCACCUGGUCGCAUCAAUUCUCGCCCGGACCAGUGUCACAAGAUCCAAUGCACAUUGCGUCUAGCCCCCCACCCAAUUCACUUACCGAAAUGUUAGGUCCACCUCCUGCUGCUUAUAAAGGUCCCACUUGCACGGGUUAUUGUGGCUACUGGGGUGACUGUGGUUCUACUGGUGGCUGUUCCGAUCCCAAUUGUAUGUAUCUGGACCACUGUGGUUCUGGAUAUUGUGGCGCUCCUCCCCCUGUUCGUUCAAUGCGUCCUGAUGCACUACCCGUCGGAUCAACUUAUCCUCAUUGUGGACCCAAUUACGUACACUUGGGCCCACACCCCACCGCUUUGGAUCCCGGAUUAGCCACGGCUAAUCCACCGGUUGUGGCUGGUGUCACAACUUUACCUAUGGGCAAUGGCUCAGCUUCAGCUCGGAAAAGUGGCUAUGCCAGUUUAGACACAAGUGGUUACAUGAGCCCAUCCAGCGAAAUGUACAUGGCACAACCCAGUACCACUUACAAGUCUGUCUCAAACGCACCACCAGUACGGCAUUCGAGACCUGCAGCCAUGCCCGGCGUUCAAACCAAUCCGGCUGGAUCAAGUGCAUCACCUGCAAUCGUUUCAGGUACUGGUUAUUUGAGCCCGGAGCUCAUGUCUCUGGAUGAUCCAAACAGCGACUGGUUAACAAACCAGAAUUUGCUGUAA